AUGUCAUUCCUACGCCCCAUAUCAAUCGUACGCACCUCCGCCCUCAGACCGCUCUCUCGACGAGCAGCAGCAGCAGCAGCGCCACGAGCCUACGUCCCCGUCCGCCUCGCCCACCAGGACUACGGCAGCGGCGACGGCAACCCGGUCGGCGAGAACCCGCAGCAGCAGGGCAAGAAUCCCCGUUCAGAGCUCGAGCACCCGGGACCUCCGGCGCCGAAGGUCGGACAGGGGAAGUCGUCGUCGUCGUCGUCGAGUUCCUCGUCGUCGAAGUCUGGUGAAGAGAAGGGCGGGCACAGGACUGGUGGUAAGGGAAGUAACAGGGAUAGUCCUUCCAGCAGCAGUGGAGGAAGUGGAAGUGGAAGCAAAGGCACAAAAGGUGCGCAGCCGAAGAUCCUGAACGAGAACCCUCCCGGCGAGCACGACGAGAGCGUGCGGCAGCACAACAAGGAGAUGGAGCAGAGGGCUGAGAAGGCGCACGAGCAGGUUAGCAACGAGGACGCGAAGAAGGAUAAGGUGUCGCCGAAGUUCUGGUCCGGUCAAGGUGGUGCGGAUAAAGAUCCUUGA